UUCGGAGGAGGACAAGGCAAGGGCGGCUUGCGCCCCCUGGUCGCGGCUUCUUCCCGGGGAGGUGACCCCGGUAGCCCGGAUACCUGAGGAGUCCCGCCCAGAGUGAUCGCCCCGGCCCGGCGCAGGGAGAGGUGCUUCUGCCCCUGGCGACUACUGCCACCACAGGUUCCCCGGUUAUUCAUUCAGACUGCAGUUGGAGCCUAAAGGUCUGGAUCCAGGUCCAGCGAGUUCCGAGAAACCUCAGCCCACGGCCGGCCCCUCGUCUGAACCGCUGUUGAAAGACUGGACUCACUAGAUGAUUUCCAAGGAGCCUGCCGUCUGACAGGCUGUAUUCUUCAUGGAAGUCCUGGGCUUCUCUGGCCAUUGGCCUCGUCAAGUGUAAAUGAAUAGGCAUGGGAAGCCUAGAACUGAUCCUGGCUCUGGCACUCACUUGUUGGGUGGCCUUGGGCAAGUCACGUCCUGUUUCUGGGCUUGUUUCCUCAUCUUACCGUGAAGGGAUUGAACUAGAUGUCCUCUAAGGUCCCUUCUAGUUCUUCUUAUCUAUGAAACAGCCUUGAUAAGCUUCUGCGUGUCUACAUCCUCUCACUCUUGGGAGACCUAGGGUGCUGUUUUGGCCCCUGCAGAUGUUUCCUGAAUCUCCAAGUGUGUCGCUUCAGGGUCCCCAUCUCCUGCUUGGCCACUACCUUCUACUCUGCCUGGCUCCAUGUGGUUGAAGGAAGCAUGCAAGUUCCCGUGCUCGCCCGCGCACCUGCCUGGGCUGCCAUCUCGGUUCCUGGAUGGAAUUGGGAUAGAGAAGGGAAGAAUCGAAAGGAGAAGAAUAGAAUAGAGGGUCCCUGGAACCCUCUGCAGUGCUGAGCUCUGGGAUGGAGCCUGAGACAGCGCUGUGGGGCCCGGAUCUGCAGGGUCCUGAACAAAGCCCCAACGAUGCUCACAGAGGUGCCGAGAGUGGGAACGAAGAGGAGAGCUCUCAGCAGGAAAGUUCUGGGGUGGAGAUCAUCUUGGGAGAUCCAGCUCAGAGUCCAGAAUUCAAGGACCCACCAGAGAUGCCCCCGGAGAGACCCUCCCAGGAUCCCUCAGUCCCCCAGGACCCCCCAACCACACUGGGUCACUCCAACCCCUUGGACCACCAGACCCCUCUGGACCCCCCAGCCCCCGAGGUAGUCCCUACCCCAUCUGACUGGACCAAGGCCUGUGAGGCCAGUUGGCAGUGGGGGACUCUCACCACGUGGAACAGCCCCCCGGUGGUCCCCACCAAUGAGCCCAGCCUGCGGGAGCUGGUGCAGGGCCGCCCCUCCGGCGCCGAGAAGCCCUACAUCUGCAACGAGUGCGGCAAGAGCUUCAGCCAGUGGUCCAAGCUGCUGCGGCACCAGCGCAUCCACACGGGCGAGCGGCCCAACACCUGCUCCGAGUGCGGCAAGAGCUUCACGCAGAGCUCGCACCUGGUGCAGCACCAGCGCACGCACACUGGUGAGAAGCCCUACAAGUGCCCCGACUGCGGCAAGUGCUUCAGCUGGAGCUCCAACCUGGUGCAGCACCAGCGCACGCACACCGGCGAGAAGCCCUACAAGUGCACCGAGUGCGAGAAGGCCUUCACCCAGAGCACCAACCUCAUCAAGCACCAGCGAUCGCACACGGGCGAGAAGCCCUACAAGUGCGGCGAGUGCCGGCGGGCUUUCUACCGCAGCUCGGACCUCAUUCAGCAUCAGGCCACCCACACAGGCGAGAAGCCCUACAAGUGCCCCGAGUGCGGCAAGCGCUUCGGCCAGAACCACAACCUCCUCAAGCACCAGAAGAUCCACGCAGGUGAGAAGCCCUACCGCUGCACCGAGUGCGGCAAGAGCUUCAUCCAGAGCUCAGAGCUGACCCAGCACCAGCGCACGCACACUGGGGAGAAGCCCUACGAGUGCCUCGAAUGCGGCAAGAGUUUCGGCCACAGCUCCACCCUCAUCAAGCACCAGCGGACUCACCUGCGCGAGGACCCCUUCAAGUGUCCCGUGUGCGGCAAGACUUUCACCCUGAGUGCCACGCUGCUGCGACACCAGCGCACACACACGGGCGAGCGGCCCUACAAGUGCCCCGAGUGCGGCAAGAGCUUCAGCGUCAGCUCCAACCUCAUCAACCACCAGCGUAUCCACCGGGGUGAGCGGCCCUAUAUCUGCGCCGACUGCGGCAAGAGCUUCAUCAUGAGCUCCACCCUCAUCCGCCACCAACGCAUACACACGGGCGAGAAGCCCUACAAGUGCUCCGACUGCGGCAAGAGCUUCAUCCGCAGCUCCCACCUCAUCCAGCACCGACGCACCCACACGGGCGAGAAGCCCUACAAGUGCCCUGAGUGCGGCAAGAGCUUCAGCCAGAGCUCGAACCUCAUCACCCACGUCCGCACCCACAUGGACGAGAACCUCUUUGUGUGCUCGGACUGUGGGAAGGCCUUUCUGGAGGCACACGAGCUGGAGCAGCACCGGGUGAUCCAUGAGCGGGGGAAGACUCCAGCCCGAAGAGUGCAAGGCGACACCCUGCUGGGGCUUGGGGAUCCCGCCCUGCUGACCCCGCCACCCGGAGCCAAACCACACAAGUGUCUGGUCUGUGGAAAGGGCUUCAAUGAUGAGGGUAUCUUCAUGCAGCAUCAGAGGAUCCAUAUUGGAGAAAACCCCUACAAAAACGCAGACGGUCUCAUCGCACACCCAACCCCCAAACCUCCUCAGUUCCGAUCCCCGAGGCUCCCUUUUGGAGGGAAUUCCUACCCAGGUGCUGGGGAGGGCAGAGCUGACCCCCCAGGACAGCCCUUUAAAACGCCUGAUGGUCAGGAGAGCUUCAGCCAAAGGCUGGGGCUGCUCUCUUCCAAGUCCUACAUUUGUUCCCACUGUGGAGAAAGCUUCCUGGAUCGCUCUGUGCUCCUCCAACAUCAGCUCACCCAUGGCAACGAAAAGCCCUUUCUCUUUCCUGAUUAUAGGAUUGGCCUAGGGGAAGGGGCAGGGCCCAGUCCCUUCCUAAGUGGAAAGCCCUUUAAAUGCCCUGAAUGCAAAAAAAGCUUUGGCCUCAGCUCUGAGCUGCUGCUGCACCAGAAAGUCCAUGCAGGCGGGAAGUCCCAAAAGAGUCCGGAGCCGGGGAAGAGCUCCUCCGUCCUCCUGGAACACCUCAGGAGCCCCCUAGGGGCCAGGCCCUACAGCUGCUCAGAUUGUGGGGCCUCCUUCCUUGAUCGCCUAGCCCUCGCCAGGCACCAGGAAACCCACACCCAAGAAAAGCCCCCCAGACGCGAGGACCCUAUUCCAGAGCUAGCCACCCUGUCCACAAGCCAGGAAGGUGAGGGAGAGGCCCCCACCCCCACAGGGAGCAGCAGCCACAAGGAAGGGGAAAGCCCCAAAACCCUCUUGGAAGAAAAGCCCUAUUUGUGCCCUGAGUGUGGAGAUGGCUUCACAGAAGUCGCAGCCCUACUGCUCCACAGGAGCUGUCACCCAGGUGUCUCCCUUUGAAAUGGGUCUGGAGAGACCAGGGGCCUCUCUCUCCUGAGAGGAACACUGGAUCACCCAAAAAAAUAUGUGGGGGAAAGGACAACCCUAUCAGAUUAUAGAGAAGUGGAGGAUAAAGAACCCUGGGGAAAAAAGUGCUUUUCCAUCAGUGAUGAGAAACCCUAUAAAAUUGUUGGUGGGAACCACUUAUAAGGCAGUAGAGAAAAACUGUCGGGUUAGAAACCCUAUAAAUAUGUAGGAAAAAAAAGCCCUUUAAGUCUGUAGCAGAACCCUAUAAACCAUAGUGGAUAAAAGCCCUAUUAAUUGUAGGAUGAGGUCCCAAUAUGUCUCUAGACAACCCUAUAAAACUGUAUCAAAAUCCUGUAGGGGAAGUGUAGGAAAUGCAGCAGUGGCAUCAACUUGGGAGGAGUGACCCUCAGAAGGUGCAGAAAACACCUCCCAUCCGCUCGUUCCACAGUGUUCUCUCCCCCAGGAGGAUGGGAGAGAGCCUCUCUCCCAGCAGCCAUGGACAGUUAACACUGAGGAAGAUGCUCAGCUGGGGAGUAGUGUGGGAACUGGGUGGAACUGGAAAAGGAAAACAAAAAGAGGACAAAAAUAAAUGACAAGGAGCUCAAACCCACAGAGGAGAUAAGACACAGACUAGGAAGAGAAAGUCCAGCUCAUUGCACUGGUGGUUCCUUGGGGUAUGGGGCCAACCUUAGCUGAAUUGUGUGUGAGGGGAAGAGGUCCAUGGAAUCCCUUAUCAAAAAGAACCCAAAAAUGGGGAUGAAAAAAAAUUAUGCCAAUCCUUUUUAAAGGCUGAAGUUUGGGGUGCAUAAAAAACUUUUGAAUGUAAGAAUACUGAAAGACCACCACAAAAGUUAGGGGACAGAGUGGGGGGAUUUCUGUUAGAUUUCUUUGAAGGAAGCAAACCCAGGUGGAGAAACUGUUCAGUUGAAACCCACCAAAAACUCCAGGCCAGUUUCUCCCACUUCCAGGAGCUUGUUAAUCUGUAAGUGCAAGCAACUCCCAGCUCAGGCCGCCAGGGUUCUCCCGGAGCCAGGCAGGACUACCCUUUCCCCAGCCAAGCUGGGGACUUGUACUCUGAGAGGCGUCCAGGGAAAGGGUGCCUCCUGCCACAUUCUCAGGUCUCACUGUCAGGAGCUUUUUCCUGAAAUCUAACUGCCACCAGUCCUGCUGCAGUGGCAGCCCGUUUCUUCAAAUUCUGUCCUCAGUGGAGAGAACUGCUGCUAGUCGACCUCCAAAGAAUAAAGCCCAUCAGAGACUCAAGGCUUGUGUGUGGUUGUCCUCCCUAGACUUCUCCAAGUCAGUGAGAGCUAUGUGUGGGUUCACGGUGGCAACAAGGGACAGCAAGUGGACAGAAUAGAAAGCUUUGGUCAGCCAGCAACCUGAUUUUAAACCUCAGCCUUCAUCUGAGCUGGUAGCAAGGCUUCCUGCAGGAUGAACCUGGCCACAUGCAGAGCUGGGUGUCUAGACACCCCACAGACUGGACAUAGGUCUCUACAGCAUCUACGGAGACCUGACCCUUCCUCUCCCUGCUCCCUGGAGCCCUCUGAGGCUGUGAUGACCCGACCCAAUCCUGGCCUUGGGAAGAGAUGGAUUCCACCCACUCAGCUCCUCUCUCCUGCUUAGCCAGAACCCUUCAGAGGGAAACGGAAGGAAGACAAGCGUUCCCCUGCCAGGCCCCUCUCAUCACACACACCACACUGUCACACACUUGCAUAAACCAGCCAAACCUGCUCACAUGACUGGGCAUGUGUAGCAGGGGAGAGACUGUUGCCCUAUAAUAUGGUUGAAGAGAGAAAACUCGAGAGAGAAACAUCUGUAACAAGAAUCCCACACCCUAACCCUGGAGAGCCUUAAAGAAGGAGAGGACUCUGCUCAGUGCUGGUUCAGAAAGGAAGUGCUCACUGUACCAGUAAUGUGCUGUCCUGGAGUGACAGGACUGAGAUGCCAGGUGAGGAUAGGGGUGACCUGGAUUCCUGCGAAGCUGUGGAAGCGACCUAAUUUCAUUACCUACAAGUUCAAAAGUUGAAAAUCUUUUACGCUUCAUCUAUCCUGCCUCCAAAGGGAUGACGCUCACAUUUAAAAGGAUCAAAAUGUAGAACAUUGUGGGAGAAGAAACCCAGGCCACUGGUGAGAGUGGAAAGGCAGGUCUUCUAUGAUUGUGGGGAGGACCUUGCUGACGUCUGCAUAAAGCCCUGGCCCAUCCAAGCACCAGGCAGGGAAACACUACUGAGAGGGGAGCAGCCUGCCUGCCAAUCUCUGUUGGCAGAAAUGUCGAUAAAGGGGACGCCCCUAAGACUGAGAGAAAUCCUCCAAGUCUAAGCAGACUUUUCCUCCUCUAAGAUGGUAGCAGAAAGAAACUUAAGUUGUUGAGACAAGCCCUUUGUAAAGCUAUAAGUAGAUUCCCCCAGAAACAGGUCUGAGGAAUCUGUCCCCAGAAGAAUCUUGGGGAGCAGCUUUCGGGGCUCAGAGGCCAGUCUGGGGGAGGUGGUCAGUGUAGUUGAAAGCCGACUGUAGGCCUAUUGAGGACUAGGGUGUAGCAUACGUAGUAGGAUGCUCGCAUGUUGUAGGGAGGGUGAGGGCUAAGGGUCUUGGCUCUGGUACUGAGUGGAGGAUGUGGACAUGAUUGGUGGGGUCUGGGGUUUCAUAGUAGGAAACGGGCAGAGUCAGAGGCCUCCGGAGUGUAAGCUGUUCUCUCUUGCCCACCUCCCUAAGCUCCUUUAGCCAGGAGCUUUCCUCCCAGAGCAAGCUAUGUCUUGGGAAGAACUAAGCAGGGAGGGGGCAGCAUCCAAAGUCCCUCCGACCAGCUCAGGCAAAGGCCCAGGGGUUGAGGCACUUGUCCACCAAAACUGAGUCUGGAAGGUGUAACAUAGCUAGACCCUCUUACCCAACUUCACACAGACCCCUCACAAGUGCCCCGGUGGAGGAACCCAACAGACAGGGGUCAGGUAGUCAUUGGUGGAAGCAGAAGGGAGAGCAGAAACUGAUCUGAGCUUAGGGUGAAACUUGAAACUGCUGUGGAUAUGGAGGUCAGAUGGGAACUCCAAAGAACUGGGCAGGAAUCCUGAAUGGUGGGGAAACUUGACACCAUCACAACCAAGAGGUGGGGUCCCAUGACACCACGCUGGAGAUGAGCAGCUCCCAGACUUCUUUGCCCCCAUUAGGAAAGCCCCACUCACCCAACUUGUCCCCAUGGAGUGAAGCGAGGCCCCGCUUUUGAGUGUUGUGUGUCAAUAGCAGUGUUGUGUCUCCGGUGGUCAUGUUGAUUAGUUGAAGAGAA